GAUGCGGAUGCGGAGGUGGCAGCGGCGGCGGCGGCAGCGGCUGUCGCCGCGGAUGCAGAUGCAGAUGCGAGUGUGGGCUCCGAGAGGAACCCGGACUUUCCUAUGGCCUCGCUGUACGUGGGCGACCUGCACCCUGAGGUGACAGAGGCAAUGCUGUACGAGAAGUUCAGCCCGGCCGGGCCCAUCCUCUCCAUUCGCAUUUGCAGGGACAAGAUCACCCGCCGUUCCUUGGGCUACGCGUAUGUCAACUACCAGCAACCGGUGGACGCCAAGCGGGCCCUGGAGACCCUGAACUUUGAUGUCAUCAAGGGCAGGCCGGUGCGCAUCAUGUGGUCCCAGCGGGACCCCUCGCUCCGCAAGAGCGGGGUGGGCAACGUCUUCAUCAAGAAUCUGGGCAAGACCAUCGACAACAAGGCGCUGUACAACAUCUUCUCGGCGUUCGGCAACAUCCUCUCCUGCAAAGUGGCCUGCGACGAAAAGGGGCCCAAGGGCUACGGGUUCGUGCACUUCCAGAAGCAGGAGUCUGCGGAGCGGGCCAUCGAUGCGAUGAAUGGCAUGUUCCUGAACUACCGCAAAAUUUUCGUGGGAAGAUUCAAGUCGCAUAAAGAACGAGAGGCCGAAAGGGGAGCCUGGGCCAGGCAGUCCACUAGUGCUGACGUCAAGGAUUUCGAGGAAGACACCGAUGAGGAGGCUACCUUUCGAUGAAGACAUCCCAGGAGUGAGCCAGCCAGCAGAGCCAAACCUUGGCUCCCACCCGGUUUACAGCCCCACCUUUACCCCCCAACCCACCAGCAGUGUAUUGUAUUGGGAGCGCAGGUCUCUCUCUCUCAAUCUCUCCCUCCCUUCUUCUCUCUCUCUCUUUCUCUGUCUCUCCCUCCCUCCCUCUCCCCCUCUCCCCCUCUCUCCCUCUCUCCCCCUCUUUCUCUCUCCCCUUGCUCCUUCUUCCUCCUCUUCUCCUCCCCUCCCCUCUCUUUCCUUCCUUCCCUCUCCUGGCACACCCACCAAGGGUGUUGUGAAUAAUCUUGCUAAUCUGUGCCACUUGAUAGGUUGAAGGCUGCCUCUUCUCCUUGCGGUUUGGUUUAAAAAGCACUUUCUUUCUCUCUUUGUUUACUGCGCAGGUGAUACAAUUUCAUGGUAGAAACAUCAGAAAGGAGAAGGAAAUCAGAUGAGGGAAAGCCAAGAGAGUAAUUGCUCCCCGUGAUCCUACUACCCAGAGACAACCACUUUUACCUUUUUGCUGUGCUGUUUUUCUAGGCCCUCUUCUCUCUCUCUCUCUCUCUUUCUCUCUCUCCACCCCCCCUUCCUCACCCUCACCCUACCUUCCCUUUUAAAGCACUGUUAUAGAGUGGUUCAUGUAUGUGGUGUUUCUUAACCUGCCUUUUCAGAAACUAAAACCAAACAAAAGUCAACCUGUCUGACUUCUUUCCAUAUUAUUCAACAGGCUUCCGACACGUCAUCUUCAGUGCCUGCAGAGUGUGUCUAUGGACGUUAACAUUUCUGUAAUCAUUCCUGCAUUGUUGGCACAUUCAGGUGGUGCCUAGUUCUUCCUCUGUGUCUAAACCCAACACUGUGUACUCUGAUGAGUGAAUCCUUCCAUGUCAAGCCAAAUCUUUGCUAGCAUACCGGAUGGUCUUCUUAAUUGUGGACUUGCAGGAUCCACAUAUGGACAUUUUAAAGACUUUUCCUGUGUGUUGACAAAUGGUCCCUUCAUAAGCAUUGUACCGAUUUGCAUUCAUGCCAGCCAGCGCAGCUUAGUAAAAAGAGUAUGCCCAUUUCCCCUGCAUAGUCUCCUGGUCACUGUAAUUGAUGUGUGAGGGUGUGUGUCGGGGGGAGGGUGUUUGUGUGUGACUUGGCCAGCUUGAUGGGCUGCAAAUGGUAUUUCGCUGUUCUUGCUGUUGUUUUGCUGGAUUUAAAUAUUGUUUAUCACCUCUCUCCCCUGUGCUCACCUCCUGCCCUUUUCCUCAUUGCCGGAAAAACGAUUCAGGUUCAUUGCAGGAAAAAAAUCACAAAGCAGAAAAGUUAACAGAAGAGAAUUAAUGUCACCAGUAAUCAAUCCUCAUGACCACUGAUAUCUUCCUGAAACAUUUUCAUUCUUACCUGUCUAAUAUUUUCCAAGAACUACCUGAAACAUUUUUGGCUGUACCUCUGUAGUAAUUUUCUUAUGCAUUUGUCAUAUAUGUAUAUAAUUAUGUACAUACUGUUUUUAUAUCUGCUUUUUCACACAUAAAUGUGUGUGUAUUUGUAUAUUUAUACACACACAUACUCUUGAACUUCAUUUCAUGUCAUUAAAGAUACUUUUAAAAUAUUUUCUUUGAGUGUUAAUGUUCCAUGUAAUUGAUGAUUCAAUAGACAGAUAAAUAGAUAUACUUACGUAUAUAUCCAUGUCUAUAGCUCUGUGUUUUUGUGUAUGUGUGUAUAUAUAUUUUAACUAUUUCCUCAUUGUUGAACAUCUUGAUUGUUGCUAUUUUUCUUUAUCCAAGCUGCCAAGUACGUCAUAGUGUGCAAAUCUUGCUGACCUACAAGAUCAUUUCCUGAACUAACAUUGCUAAAAGAAAAAUUAAAUGGUCAAAGGAUAUGGGCAGUUUUGUGGGGGAGUGCAUUAUUAAAUAGCCAUCUAUAAAGAUAGUAUAAGCUUAACUUUGUAAGGUGCACCAGUAUUGUAAGAGGACCUGGAUAUCUGUAUUCUUUUUUGUGCUUGGUAUUGCAGUCAUUUCUGCAUUUUUACCAAUAUUUUGUCAGGGAAAUUUCUAUUUCUUUUUUGUUUUUAU